AUGGAAACUGUUUGCUUCGAAUCCUAUGAAGCGAUGCUGGACCCCAAUUCGCUUCUGCGAAAACAAUUUCCAGAUCUCGAUAUUCCAUCCUAUCGGGGAUUGCACUACUUUGAACUGCUCACGGCGUUUCUGGGAUGUGUCUUCUACACGUUCUAUUUUAUCAUUUUUGCUGUUCACGGUAAGACGUUUUUCGUCGCUGAGCUGACAUUCUACGCAAUUUUUAUGGUGCAAAUUUUGAGCUUUGGAUCUGCCCUUAUUAUUCAAAAAUUCUCCUUUGUCCUCAAUUCCAUAGAAUACGCCACAUUCGCUUCAAUCCCCUAUGUUCCCAACUUCGUGGUCUCAGUGUGUGACAAAAUUGUGAUUGCUCAGAUGCCAAUGUAUUGGUUUACGGUCAGCGCAUUUUUGAUCAUCCAGGUUGCACAGUUUUCCAACCAAAAUCCUCGCAGCAUCCGUCUUGCUCACAUUUACCUUGCUCCUAUUGGAAUUAUUGUAUUCUUGGUUUCCCUAAUUUCACCGGUUAGUUUCACUCCCUCAUUUUCCGAGAACCGGAAAUCUUUUCCAGGACCAUAUGAAACAUUUAAUGGCGGUCGUGUGUUUUCUGAUCUGGUGGAUUUAUCGCAAACAUAUGGUCGCCCAAUUGUACAGCCAGGAUAUGUCCGCCAAAGACAUUUCGAAUAUGCGCCAGUUGAAAUCUGGCUGUCGUGUCAGGCUUUCGCCACAUUGAUGUUCCAUCUGCUCGAGUUGGGGGUUGCAUUGGCUAUAAAAUCAUCCGUAAUGGAUUCGGACCGCCAGAUUUAUUACGAAUUCUACAAAAAGGAGGUGUUUCGAGGAAUACUAACAGUAGCGAGCUACCUCAACGCGUUUUUGUUUUCCUGGUCCACCAUCGAUUUCGUCAAGAAAAACCCCGAAAAAGAGAUCACAACUCUCCCAGUUUUUGUGAAUGGGACCCUUCCAAUGGAAUCAAUGUCCCGGCGGCCAUCAGAAGUCUUUUCUCGUCGCCCAUCAGCAAUUUCAGCGUUCUCCUUGAACAAUGUGUCUCCUCUAACUCCAAGUCCAAGAGAUGCUAAUAUGCUCCACAUCUAA